AUGGCAGAUGAAACUGAGGCGGUGACUGAGGUGGAGAAGAAGGCCAUUAGCUCCAGCUUCCGCGCCAAGAUGCAGGCGAUCUCGGGAGCGAAGUACAACUUCACCUCACGCAUCAACAAGGUUGAGACUCAAGUGAAGGAGAUGAACGAGAGGUCCAAGAGCAGCAGUGACGCCUUGAAGAAUUGCUUCGAGCAGGUGACACAACAGAUCCUGCAGGAGGACAUCAUGCCGUGGCUGUCCACGGAGAUUCCGCAAUACAUGGCCAAGCGCCGUGCGAGGCAGCGGCUGGCCAGGAGAGAAGCGGUCGAGAUCCCCGUCAAGCAGGCGGUGCCAGAGCCUGUGCCACCCCCCAGUCCUGUGCCGGUGCUCGCCGCGCCCUCGCCCACCUCGCCCUCGCCGGCGUCGCCAACGAAAGGCUUCCGGCUGGCGGAGUCACUGCUGGUGGCCGGGGCGGAGUUCGGACAGCCACAGACGCAGAGUAUUUGA